ACGUAUUUAGGGGGGGGCUAGAGGGGGCGAUCGCCCCGGGCGGCAUUUUUAUAGGGGCGGCAUCAGAUUUUUAACGCUUUAAUAAAGUAAACAAAGAACUUAAAAAAGUUUCAAUUGAUUUAGAAACUGUGGUAUCAAUAUAUAACUGUCUUAUCCAAUAUAUCAAUGAUCUAAGAGAUAGUUUCGAUCACUAUGAACAAAUUGGGAAAACAAAAUGUGGAAUCAAUGAAUAUAAAACUAAGAGAAAAAAUAAAAAACUCAAAAUUGGAGAAGUUGAUUUAAGUUCUAAAGAAUCAUUUAAAAUAAACACUUAUAUUGUAAUCAUGGACUCCUUACUUACUGAGUUGAGAAAAAGAAAAAUAGCAUAUGACAUGGUAAAUGAAAAUUUUUCAUUCUUCUUUAAUAUAACCGAAUUAAGCAUUAGUGAAGUUAGAGAAAAAGCUGAACGGUUAAGAAAACACUAUUCAACGGAUCUGGAUUUAUCAUUUUCAAACGAAUGUGUACACUUUCGUAGCUAUUUACUUACCUUACCUAAGGAGCAAUUACCUAAAUCAAUUAUAGAUAUGUGUGUAACGCUUAAAAAUGAAGGAUUUGAAGACAUAUACCCGUACGUAAAUAUUGCUCUAAGAAUGUAUCUAUGUUGUCCUGUGUCUAACUGCUCUUCAGAGCGAUCGUUUAGUGCUCUAAAACGAAUUAAAAAUUAUUUGCGAUCGAGGAUGACUGAUGAACGACUAAACAGUAUCGCCAUAUUAAACAUCGAAUCAGAUAUUACAAAAGGUUUAGACUAUGAUGAUAUAAUCAAUGAGUUUAGUUCCUUGAAAGCUCGAAAAAAAAAUAUGUAAAUUUUAAAUAUUUAUUGUUUUGUAAUUAUAGUUGAUAAUAACUAAACCUAUUUUAUAUUAAAUAUUUAAAUGUCAUUAAUUUAUAAAAAUAACAUAAUGUUUAAAGUUUAAAAUCUGCUUUUUUUUUUUUUACUAACUUUUGUUCUAAAAAGGAUACGAUAACGGGUUGUCACCGGAAAGUAAGCUCUAACGCACUCGGUAGUUUAAAAAAGUCAAAUAAUUUUUUUUUGUGGAGGGGGGCGGAAAAACAUUGGCACCCGGGUGCCAAAUUUCUGAAUACGUCUCUGCUGACACCAAAUAAGGAAUAAUAGCACUCAAUCUUGUAUUUGUGUUAUUAAAUAUUAUGUUAAGGCCUAAAUGAUUUUAUUUUCAUAUACAUUUUU